GGGCAGGCAGCAAGCCAGGUUUUACGCGGUCGAUCAGGCCGAGGCAGCACAGCAGCCAGGUACUAUGUCAGGGAUGGUUGUUCUCAAUGAUAUUCCUGUGUUCGCUUUAUUCGAUACUGGAGCGACACAUACUUUCAUUUCACGACGAUGUCUCGACACCAUCGAAGUUCACGCCAUUACCACUGUCGAUCCUCUCGAGGUGAGUCUAACCUCGGGACGAAAGAUAGUGACCUCAGCUAAAGCCUCGGAUCUUAGCCUUUCCAUUGGUGGCCGAGUAUUGACUGCCGACGCGUUUGUUCUCGAGAUGAGAGACUUCGAUCUUAUUCUCGGGAUGGAUUGGCUAUCCUUUUAUCAUGCAGACAUCAGGUGUCAUGACCGGGAGAUCACUCUCUAUCUCCCGGGAGACGAGUCGAUUACUUUCUUCGGCUCCAGGAAUCGUUCACUGCCUCAUGUUAUUUCGAUGGCGAAAGCCACUAAGCUAUUGCGACGAGGCAACUGCCAGGGUUAUCUGGUAAGCCUUGUUGAGGAUUCUCAGAAAGCGCGGACACCUCAUGAUGUUCCAAUCGUUCGCGAGUUUGUGGACGUGUUCCCAGACGAACUUCUAGGAGGACCGCCCAACCGUCAGGUGGAGUUUUCUUUUGAUCCUAUCCCAGGGGCCGGUCCAGUAUCCAAAGCCCCAUAUCGCAUGGCGCCUAAAGAAUUGCAGGAGCUUAAGACUCAGAUUCAGGAGCUGUUACGACUCGGUUUCAUCCGACCGAGCGUGUCACCGUGGGGAGCACCCGUUCUCUUUGUUAAGAAGAAGGACGGACCCAUGCGUAUGUGUAUCGACUACCGGGAUCUUAACCGGUUGACGAUCAAGAAUAAGUACCCGCUUCCCAGGAUCGACGACUUAUUUGAUCAGUUGAGGGGAGCCUGUGUAUUCUCGAAGAUUGAUUUACGAUCAGGCUACCACCAGCUGAAGAUUAAGGAGUCAGACAUCGCUAAGACCGCUUUCAGGACUCGUUACAGCCAUUACGAGUUUGUUGUCAUGCCUUUCGGUCUCAGCAAUGCGCCAGCAGUCUUUAUGGACCUCAUGAACCGUAUCUUUCAUCCCUACCUCGAUCAGUUUGUUAUUGUCUUUAUUGACGAUAUUCUUAUCUACUCGAAGAGCCAGAAGGAGCACGAGGAGCAUCUGAGGGUGGUUCUCGAAACCCUCAGACGAGAGAACUUGUACGCCAAAUUCUCCAAAUGCGAGUUCUGGCUUCAGCGAGUAUCCUUUCUGGGUCAUGUGAUUACUCAGGCAGACAUCGAGGUGGAUCCUUCUAAGGUAUCAGCCGUUCAGAACUGGUCGACACCGAGGAGUCCGUCCGAGGUUCGCAGUUUUCUCAGUUUAGCUGGUUACUAUCGCAGGUUUAUCGAGGGCUUCUCCAAGAUUGCCCUCCCUAUUUUCCAGCUGACGAGGAAGUCUGUGAAGUUCGAAUGGACUGACCGAU